AUGCCGAGAUCCGGGCAUUAUUGUGAGCGCUUGACGCUCAUCUUGAUCCUCUUCAAUUUGUUGCUCAAUGUCUCAUUUGCGGCGCGAAAAAACUCGACAAUCAUAAACUGGGAGCAAAAAACGACGGCGCGUCCCAAGGCGAGGAGUUUGAAUCAGGUAUAUAAUUCUACACAGAACUGUGAAUGGCGUACUUUACCAACCGAUUUGAUUGAUUUCAGCUGGACACCUUGAUCUCCAUGUGUUAUCGGUCGGUUUGCAAGGACUGGGUGGACGAAUGCCAUUGGUUCUGCGAGCAGAUCAAGGGAAAGGUAGGACAAAUAGGGAGCAUAUUAUACAUACAGUGGCGGACCUUAUCCACUGGCAAAAAACGUACCAUUUUGCAUCCGAGAAGCAUCAAAGAUGCGGCAAAAUACCUCCAUCUAUAAGUGAAAAAACUCCGAUUUCAAAAGCGCACCCGCUCUUUUUUUGUGAGAGCCCUUCAAAACGGAGUUCUUUUAGUUGGAGAGGGAGGCAUUUUGCCGCAUUUUUUAUACCUCCCGGAUGCAAGAUGGAACGUUUUUUAUACUAGAUCAGGUCCGUCACUGUAUCUUUAUUGAGUUUUGAGUGUUGAGAAGGAGAUAGUUGAAAAUACGCCUCCAUAUGACGUUCGGUCGAAAUUAUUAUUGUCUGGAAAAUAAUGUGCCCUCUGUCGCAUCAAAAAAAGCUUCGCCGCCGAGAAAAUGAAUUGGUUUCCGGCUCAACGCGACUGGAGAUUUAGUGCGAUGAGGCGGGAUAUUUUGCUGCCACAAAUCCACAUUAUUUUCCCGACAGACUGAUAAAACAUCUUAUCAGUCUGUCGGGAAAAUAAUGAACACUGUUGCAUCGAAAAUCGCGCUUCGCCGCCGAGUAAAUGAAUUGUGUCGCUACAAAACAAAAUUGCUUUUUACUUCAGCAACGCGAUCAGCGCAGCGACAUUGUUCUCAUUAUUUUUACUGCGCAUGGCGCGCAAAAAAACGCACUGUGCAAAUUAUUACUUUCAUAAAAUGCAUGGACAUUUAUCGUGGCCCGCACUGUGCACAAAAAUCCCGUACUUUUGCACCGUGCAUUUGCUUUUUUGGGUUUGCACGGUUGAAAAAUUGAAAAAUUCCAUUGUGUCGGCGUUUGCACCGCGUAGAAAAAGUCAGGAGACCCAAAAAAGCCUAUUGCACGGUGCAAAGCGGGCAUUUAUUUCCGCACAGUGCAUGUCGCUAAAAUCACUCCAGCGACUUUACGAACUGUGUCAGGACUUCUAGUCGCUGGUCGAAGAAGCCUAGGGAUGGUCUUGGGAUUUUAUAACAGUAAUAGCAAUAUUUCAGAAUGGCUACUGGCGUUGCAUGGAGUGUCUGUCGAACCGAGGUCAACACUGUUUCGACUGCUUCGAGCUCUAG